GACGCAGCCAAUGGGCUGACAGGCAGCCUUCAACUUAUUAGGUGACUGUACUUCUUCGUAAGGACCAAGUUGUUACAUGAAAUCUGCAGUUUCAUAAUUUCACCAGGUCUCGCCUCGCCUUUUGCGUUGGGGCUGGGCUUGGAUGGCGAUGUCUUCUUCGGGGACGCUCAGCAAUUACUACGUGGACUCUUUUCUCAUUCACGACAGCGAGGAACUGGUGCAGUCCCGCUAUGGCUCGGCUCCCCUAGGCCAGCCAGGAAGGCAGGCGACCCUGGGCGAGCACCCCGAAUUUACUCCCUGCAGCUUCCAGUCCAAAACGUCCGUCUUCAGCACUUCCUGGAACGCCGUGCACCCGCCGAGCGCUAACAAUGUGCCCGCCGUCUACCACCCGUACGUGCAUCACCAGGCGCCGAUGGCAGCGCCCGACGGCAGGUACAUGCGUUCGUGGCUGGAGCCUAUGCCGGGCUCCUUGUCUUUUGCCGGCUUGCCGGCCAGCAGGCAUUACGGCAUUAAACCUGAACCGCUCCCGGCCAGGAGAGGUGACUGCACCACCUUUGACACUCACGCACUCUCUCUGACUGACUAUGCUUGUGGUUCUCCUCCAGCUGAUAGGGAUAAGCAAGCCCACGACGGGGCGUUCUCGGAAAACAAUGGCGAGAGCGAGACUAACGGAGAGAAACCCCAGCUGGAUCCGAACAACCCGGCUGCAAACUGGUUACACGCGAGAUCCACCCGGAAAAAGCGGUGCCCUUACACCAAGCACCAAACGCUGGAGUUGGAAAAGGAGUUUUUGUUCAACAUGUAUCUCACCAGGGACCGACGGUACGAAGUGGCCAGGCUCCUGAAUUUAACCGAAAGACAAGUGAAAAUCUGGUUUCAGAAUCGGAGGAUGAAAAUGAAGAAAAUCAACAAAGACCGAGCGAAGGAUGAAUGAUGCUCGACUCCCAGGUUAAUCCCGUUUCAAACAGCAAAAUCUCUCCCUCCAACGCAACACAACACAAUCCUCCCCGGCCCUUCACACCCAUACCCUGAGACUGCGUCCAGGCCUCACCUUUUUUAUUUGGGGGGGGGUUGUUGCUGUUGUUUUGUCCUUGGCCAAUCCAGCUCUUGAAUGUACCUCGCCAGCGUGCAGGGAGAUGGCUGUGCCCGGGUGCUCUUCUGGAGGUACCAAGAUUUACCAUUUUCUAAUCAUAGGAAAGAAAAGGGGGGCAUUAAACAUGGAAGGCUAAUUUGUUGGCUUGUCUAAAUCUACCUGUCCUUCACGAAAGAAAGAAAGAAAGAAAGAAAGAAAGAAAGAAAGAAAGAAAGAAAGAAAGAAAGAAAGAAAGAAAGAAAGAAAGAAAGAAAGAAAGAAAGAAAGAAAGAAAACUACCUUUUUAAUGCACAAUUCUUUACAGACUGUAUAGGGUUAGUCGACAUAGUUAAUUUUAUUUUCUCUUUGCGCAGCAGAGAGAGAGAGAGAGAGAAAGAGGUCUGCUCUAAUACUUGAACACUGUGUUUUAUUGUGGUAAUUAUAUUUGUGACUCAAUUUUUGUGCUUGGGUGCUGUACCAGAUGUGAUUGUGUAAGCUAGGAUUCAAUUUGAACUCAGGUUGUUUAUUAUAAAGGUUGCAUAGAGUAUAGCUCUGUAGUGUAAGGAGUCUUUUUUCUGUAUCAUUAUUAGACAGUUAACCUUGGAUUGGGGGGGAUUGUUUGCUCUCUUUCAAUCCCAGCUUUUAAACACAAAUAGGAAAAAAUAUUCUGGGAUAGCCAAGGACUCGUGGACCCUCCAGUUCCUCUGAAGCAAGUCAUUUUCGUAUGCACACUUGAUCUAUCUAUAUAUAUAGUACAGUCUUCGUCAGUUGUAUAUAUAUAAUCUAUAUAUUAAAGAAAGAAACCCUUCAUAAUCAGACUAGCUUGAAUAUUGUUUUUGCACCGGUAAGCAGUUUUCAGUCAUUGGAGCUAUACCUAUAUGUGAAAAAGGUAACUACCUAUGGUUUACGUUGAAAGUUUAAUCAAAUACUUUGAUUCUUAUUGUAAUGAAGUUUAAUUUUAUUGAUAAUAAAUUAUACACUCUAAAAACCUACCUUUUGGUUAUUGUAGAUUUGUAUCAAUUAUUAAAAAAAAUUAAAAGUCCUGGAAGUUAUGUUUAUGCAGAAGCUACACUGUAUAUUUUGCAAUAGUUACCUCAUGACCUACUGACCAAAUAGUUGUGUCCAGAAUGAUAUUUAACUUUUUGCUAAAUAAAAUAUAUAUUGAUUCUUUUAAA